GUUCCGGGGAGGGGCCUUCGGGUAGCGGCCGAAUGACAGUUUCCGAGCGGUAGCGGCAGUGAUGGCGAUUUUUAGUGUGUAUGUGGUGAACAAAGCUGGCGGCUUGAUUUACCAGUUGGACAGCUACGCGCCACGGGCUGAGGCUGAGAAAACUUUCAGUUACCCGCUGGAUCUGCUGCUCAAGCUACACGAUGAGCGUGUGUUGGUUGCUUUCGGCCAGCGGGACGGCAUCCGAGUGGGCCAUGCGGUGCUGGCCAUCAAUGGCAUGGACGUGAACGGCAAGUACACGGCCGACGGGAAAGAGGUGCUGGAGUAUCUGGGUAACCCUGCUAAUUACCCGGUGUCCAUUCGAUUUGGCCGGCCCCGCCUCACUUCUAAUGAGAAGCUCAUGCUGGCCUCCAUGUUCCACUCGCUGUUUGCCAUCGGCUCCCAGCUGUCUCCUGAACAGGGAAGCUCAGGCAUUGAGAUGCUGGAGACAGACACAUUCAAAUUGCACUGCUACCAGACACUGACAGGGAUCAAGUUUGUGGUUCUAGCAGAUCCUAGGCAAGCUGGAAUAGAUUCUCUUCUCCGAAAGAUUUAUGAGAUUUACUCAGACUUUGCCCUUAAGAAUCCAUUCUACUCCUUAGAAAUGCCCAUCAGGUGUGAGCUCUUUGACCAGAACCUGAAGCUAGCCCUGGAGGUGGCAGAGAAGGCUGGAACUUUUGGACCUGGGUCAUAGGCUGAACCUGUGAUGGACCCCCAAAUUCUGAGAGUUCCUGCAAAAGGAAUACUGCAGUGGAAACCCCAGCAGCCUUGUUAGUGCACUGGAAAAUGGGAGAAUGCGGACCCUGAAGACAAAACUGAUUCCUGAGCCUUAACACUGUGUUCUUUCCUUCUGUAUAUACCAUGGUCUUACUUUCCAGCUCUGUGUGGAUUUAUUUUUGGAGGAGCUAGGUCCAUAAAUGUUGUAAUAAAUAUUCCUUUGAUCUUGGUGUUUGC